UUCCUUCUCAACAUUAUUUCAUAUACAAGCAAAGCAGUUUAAACACAACCACUUCAAUUCAAUAUAUCAGUGUAUAAUUAGUAAAUAUGGAGAGAGUAAAAAGAAUGGUUUCGGAGAGACCCGUGGUGAUCUUCAGCAAGAGUUCUUGCAUAAUGUCCCACACGAUCAAGUCCCUCUUUAAUGACUUUGGGGUGAACCCUACAGUCUACGAGCUCGAUGAGAUAGCAAGAGGCCGAGAAAUCGAACAGGCAUUAUCUGGGCUCGGGUACAACACCGUCCCCGCGGUCUUCAUUGGUGGUGAGUUGGUUGGGGGAACGAAUGAGAUUAUGAGUCUUCAACUCAGGAGGAGUUUGAAGCCAAUGCUCAUCAGGGCUGGAGCCUUGUGGGUUUAACUCACUACUAUACUAUAGUUUUUGCGAUAUCGAUCAUAGGAGAUAAUAUAUAUACUUAAAACACAAGGCAACUAGAACACUAUAUAGGUUCCAAUUUUGAAACGAUCGAGUCUCCCAUGUUUGUUUUUUAACUAUGGUGAAGAUUAAUAAAGACGUACACUUACAAAUUAA